UCUAUGAAUCUAUGUAAAUUCUGAGAUCGAUAUUGUCUCAAUACACAUACAUUAGACAAUCAUUACUUGAGACAAACAGUUUAUAUUCCCUACUUGAAGGCACGGACUGCAUUGGGGCAACUCCAAGGGAAAUACUAUUUAUGGAGAUAUCAAUCUAAAUUCUACACCAGUUUUUUUUAUCUUCCCUUUAGGUUAUAUCCAUGGAAAUUCACCCCUACUAGCCUGCUGAAAGAUAAAAUCAUCGAAAUCUGGCUCCAAAGACCGUGAAAGGCUGAAGCAGACGGAGAACUGAGAGAUGCCCACAUUCAAAUCACAACGGAACGCUGAGACCUGACUGUUGCAACACGAGCCCCCACCCGUCCCUGCACUGGGGGGGCCAACCUGAGCCUGAGAAGAGCCAGGAUUGACCAAUGAACAUUGCCAAAGAGCCCCAGUAACACGCCAGCAGCCCCCCAUCCACGACCCUGCUCCAGCCCCAGCACCUCCCGCCCACCGGCAGCUCCUCCAAUCAGCGCCUCCCACUCCCUCCCCACUCCUCCCGCCCGCCACAAUCACGGUUCUGCAGUGCGCAGGAGGCUCUGGUGGGGAAGGGGGAGGAGUGAGGGCAUGGCAGGCUCGGGGGAAGGGGCAGGGGCCUUGCGGGAGGGGGUGGAGUGGUGGCGGGACCUGGGGCAGAGCAGGGGGUUGAGCAGUGAGCACCCCACAGCGUAUUGGAAAGUUGGCAUCUGUAGCUCCAGCCCCGGAGUCAGUGCCUGUGCAAGGAGCUGCAUAUUAACCUCUGAAGAGCCGUAUGCGGCUCUGGAGCCCCAGAUUGGCCACCCCUGCCCACGGGGAAGGAGGCACCAACCUGUCAUGUGCGAUCGAAUGAGCAGGAAAAGAAUCUGGGAAUUACCUUCUGUAAAAACUCAUCUUUUGUCGAAAACCUGUGGAAAUAGCUGAUUCAAGAAGUUGUUGACAGAGGGAUCGUCCGCGUCUCUCAGCAGCUCCUUGAUUCACCAGCUGUUGUCAACCAAGCCAGCUGGCAGACUGAAGGCAGGGCAAGAAUGCUGAGGCCCAACACUCUGUGCUGUUGGCAUCCGUGACCUCACAAUCAGCUUAAGCAUAAACACACACACCCCACCCAGAGAGACACGCACACACAGAAGCUGGUAACAUUUACAACACGGAGAGAUGCACCCAAAAUCUCUAGGACUUUUGAUUUGGGGGAGGGGAUCAUCGGCACUGAUUGCAUGGGUGCCCUGGGGCUGGAGCACCCAUGGGGAAAAAUUAGUGGGUGCUUAGCACCCACUGGCAGCCAAGCUCUGCCCUCCCCCAGAGCAUCUCCCGCUGACCAACUCCUCCCCACCCUUCCAAGGCCUUCUGCCCACCACAGAACAGCUGUUUGGCUGCAUUCAGGACGCUCCCAUUUGGUGGGGGAGGAGCAAACCAAUAACUCACCCAGAGACGUGAUUUUAUUAAAUGGUUCGGAGGCCGAGAAACAUAUUGAAAAUGUUCUAAGGCCCUGAGCUAGAGAAAGUGCUAAUCACCCUGAGAGCAGCUGGAGCAGGUCCAAGAUGUAGCAAAGAGGGUUUCCUGCAGGAAGAAGGGAAGCAGGGAGAUUGCAGCUCUUUGGGACAGAGACUGUCUGUUUGUUCUGUAUGUAUAUAGCACCUGGCACAAUGGGGCCUGAUACCUGAGUAGGGCCUGUACACAAUGCUAAUAAAACAAGGGAAUUUGUUGAAUUACUGAAGUGCCCUGAGUCCCCUGAGUGGAAAGUUGGCAGGUGAAGUAGGGGCAAACCCUAGACAGAUGGGAUCUGCCCAGCCUGGGGCAGCAUGUGCGGGAACGGGAAGGGGAAAGGCCAUUGGGAGUGUUUCCAUAGAAGCAAAGAAAUCAGGGCACCAACCCUACCAUGGCUGAGUGAGGCUGUUUCCUGGGAUAGAUCUCCACAGACAGCAUUCAUGGGCAGGCUGGGAGGGAUGGCCUGGAUUCAUUUUGCAUUGGCUCCAAUGUAAAUGAGACUAGAAUUGUCCCAGGGCCCAGAUACAACAGUGACAGACACUGUAGGUGGAGCCUGUGAAUAAAUAAAUUAGGUGCAUUAUAAAACAGUCAUAAAAUAAACCCCCUGCUCUGUGACCCCAAAUCUAACCUUGUACCUGUCAAUGGGAAAUCAUCACUGAAUGGGGAGCUGUUAAUGAAGAGCCACAGGGAUUGGCUGUAGCCCCUCACUAGUCAACUUUUUAAUUAACGAUCUGGAAGUAAAUAUAAAAUCACUGCUGAUAAAGUCUGUGGCUAACACAGCUUGGAGGAGUGGUAAAUAAUGCUAAUGAUGGGGCAGUUGUAUGGAGCAGCCUGGAUAGUUUGGUAAACUGGGAUUAGUAAAACAAAUGCAGCCAAAAAGCAAGGCCCUAUAGCUGGGAAUGGAGACUGGUGGCCACAUCUAGGGCCUCGGGAACUGUAGCCUGGAAAGCAGUGACUAUGAAAAGGAUUUACGUGUCAUAGAGGACAAAGAGCUGAACACGAACUCCCACGGCUAAUGUGAUCCUUGGAUGUAGAAACAGGGGAGCAGCCUUGGCUUCUCUGUGAAUGUAAUUAAAUCACCUCUUCAUUUCUUUAAGUAGCUCGUUGCUUGUUUGGGGUUUUUUUUUGGAGGCGCGGCUUCUGCUUUCGUUUUGUUUUUGUUUAAAUUUCUGCCAGUGAGCGUGAUUGGCUCCUGGUUGUGCAAUCGACUAAAAAAUAAAGGUUUAAAGGGCUGCUGGCUACUUCAUCUGCUCAGGAAAGCGCGGCGGGGCCAUGGCUGCUGAGGACCUGGCCGGGAGCUUCCAGGAUGAAGUGACUUGCUCCAUCUGCUUGGAGUAUUUCACAGACCCGGUGACCGCUGAGUGUGGGCACAACUUCUGCCGGGCCUGCAUCAGCCAGUGCUGGGGGGAGCUGGAGACAAACUUCUCCUGCCCCCAGUGCAGAGAAACCACCCCGCAGAGACACCUGCGGCCCCACAGGCAGUUGGGGAGCCUGGCGGAGCUAGUGAAAUGCGUGAGGCUGCAGGUGGGGCUAGAGCCUGAGGGGCAGAGAGUGGGUGACAGGCACCAGGAGGCUCUGAAACUCUUCUGCGAGGAGGAUCAAACUCCCCUCUGCGUGGUGUGUGACCAAUCCCAGGCACACCGCACUCACACGGUGGUUCCCAUGGAGGAGGCUGCCCAGGAGCACAGGGAGCAAAUCCUGACCUGCCUGCAGCGUCUGCGGGAGGAGAGAGAAGAGCUCUUGGGCCUGAAAUCCGACUGGGACAAGGAGAGUGAGAGACUCCCAGUAGGUGCCCUGCCCUGCCCGGCUGCUUUGCACAGGGGUGUCAGCGACAGCAGCAGGGGUUCUCUGCGCUGGUUGGGGUCUGAGUCAUUCAGAAGGUUAAAGGAUUUCCAGGGUCACUAUAGGGAGACAGGUCAGGGUCAUUUUUACCCGUGCAGGGCAGACUCUACUCUCAGGUGCCUGGUGUACAUCAGGAAUGACCCCACCAAAGUCAGUGGGGUCAGGGUCAGACUCCUCUGGGCCCCUGGUGUUAGUUCCCACUGGGGUCAAUGGGUUUACACUGGGAGCAGCCUCUGUCUCUGUCUCUCUAGCACUGGGGCGGGGUGGGGGGAGACAGCAAAACACUGACCAGUGGCAGGGGUCAGGGUAGAGGAGGGGGAGACUUUUGCUGAUCCCAGGGUUCAAGUGUCACACGUUCCAGUGAUGCCAUUGGGCAGUUUGGGCAGCACCAUUUGCCAUGGCCUGGUCUGCACUUCAAUCUGUUGCUGGUACAGUGACGGGGACGGGCUGGGGGUUGGUGAUUUUGGGUCACAUUUUAAUAUUAGCAAAAGCUCUAGUGUAGCCACAGUUACUCUGGCAAAGAUAUUGAAU